GAGCGGGUCCACAGACUCUCUUCUGAUUGGAAGGUGUCAUCUCGUGCUCUGAUGGGUUCCAGCCUCUGAUUGGCCCGCUGGUCUUUGGGUUCGGUUCCGAGUGUGUUGGUGAUGCGCUGACAGGACCCAGAAGUGAGCAGCAACAUCAAAAGCAGUCACCCCGCCUCUGUCAGACCCACCAUGACGGACCGGAGCUGGGACACUCAGACCAGACGGGCCCAGUUUGAGCAGGAUCUGAACAAAAAAAUGUUCGGGUUUCAGUUAGCCUGGAGCUUAGAUUCUGGAUCCAAACAGUGACACAGUGGGAGGGCUACGGUUCCGACAGAACCGAACGCUCGAUGGAGGAGCAGCGGGACUUAAAGAGUUCAGAGAGCGUCCCCCCMUCAGCCCCCGUCCUGCCCCUGCAGGUGGCCCAGCAGAACCACAGAACCACCAACUUCUUCAUCGACAACAUCCUGCGGCCGGACUUCGGUUGCAGGAAGGAMCCGGGUCUGGGUUUGCUGGAGCACAGCUCCGCUCCGGUGAUCAGUGGGCCGAACCUUCCCGGGACCCCGAACCUGGACUGUGGCAGCAGCAGCGACAGCACCUCUUCAUCCUCUUCGUCUUCAUCAAGUCCCAAACAGAUCAGCAGAACCGGAGCGGGGCCCGGGGCCCUCACAGACAACAGAGAUGAGGUAAAGGCCGAGGACAGGACCGGAGGAGGGGACCGGGUUCAGACCGAGACCGGAACGCCGACCCCGGAGAGCCAGCAGAUGCUGUGGCCCGCCUGGGUCUACUGCACUCGGUACUCGGACCGGCCGUCAUCUGCAGGCCCACGGACACGGAAACUGAAAAAGUCCAAAAGUGGCAAAGAGGACAAGCGACCACGCACGGCCUUCACUACUGAACAAUUGCAAAGACUUAAGACAGAGUUCCAGUUGAACCGGUACAUCACAGAGCAACGGCGGCAGGUACUGGCCCAAGAGCUCAACCUCAAUGAGUCCCAGAUCAAAAUAUGGUUUCAGAACAAGCGGGCCAAGAUAAAAAAGGCAAGUGGCUUUAAGAAUGGUCUGGCAUUGCAGUUAAUGGCACAGGGACUGUACAACCAUUCCACCACCACUAUCCAGGAGGACAAAGAGGACAGUGAGUGAGAAAUUAAACCAGGCAGACAGGGUCCCAGUCCCCAACUUUAUCAUCCAGCAAGAAAAGAAGGACAGCCAGUGAAGAACUAAACCAUGAGGGGCCCAGGGCCCCACUCUACCAUCACCAUCCAGUAGGCCAAGGAGGACAGCGAGUGAGGAACCAAACCAAACAGGUAGGGGCCUAGUUCCCACGUCACCAUCAAGGAGGGCAGUGAGUGAGCAGUUUUACUUAAAGGAGCUUGGCUGGACUGGCAAGACACACGUGGCAGUUCGGUGUAAACAGAAACCAUGUAUUUUAAUUCAUAAAAGAAGAUGGAAUCCCUGGGCUCCUGCUGACACUCAAACUGGUACCUGCUUCCAGAGCAAACCAAAGAUUUCUGAUGGAAUCAGAGCCGGCCAGUUUGAAACUGUAAUCCAUUGCAUCCAGGUGCCACUCCCCCUGCUGCAGACUCCUGUUUACCUCAGUUCAUUUUCUGCUUCAGGUUCUGACUCACAAGGAUACUUGAGCCAAAGAGAGUGAAACUGCCUGAUUCCUAAGUGGUUCCAACAAAAACUCAAGAUCUUCAGAAGCUCUGUUGGAUCCGAGAGAGACACACCUGAAGGAUCUGUUCUAAGUCAGUUUAGAAAACAGAUUUGGAUACUCUGUCUCUGAGAAACAAAUCCACUUAGUGGUUCCAACCCACUAAAUGGUACCAACCAACUGAGCAAAGCCAAUCGAUUGAGUGUUAAUAAACAUUGUUGUAGUGUUUUCAGGAGUGAAAGUGGGUCUUUAUGAAUGAGACUGUGCAGUUUUGGAUUCAGUUUUAGGCUCAUCAACAUUUCCCUUCCUCUACAGAUAUAACUGUUAUAACAAUGUCUGAAUAUAAAAUUUUAAUGACAUUAAAGUUCUAAAUAAAUUGAUUUGUCUUCCAGGGCCCUAAUAAAGUUCUAAAUCCACAGUGGGCUACAGAAAAAAAUAAUUUUGUAUAAAUGUAUAAGCAAAAUGUUUUUUUAUUUUAUUUUAUUUUUUUUAUAAAAUCAGAGGGUAAUGAGGUUCACAGUUUAAUUUUUAACCAGCUCCAUUUUCUAGGCAUUAUUUUGGACUGGACCAGUGUCUUUAAGCAUACUGAGAUGCAGGAACUCAAAAAAAUUGUUAUUAUUCACAUUUUGAAGAAAAAUAUUUAAUUUAGUUUUAAAUGCUCUUGGAUUUGUUUCAUGGUUGGCAAUAAAUAAUACAGCAGAGAGUACUUACCGUUAUAUUCCCAGCAUGUGCCUGGUACCAGGUAUGUACUCUGUAAAUUCCAGGUACACACCAGGUUCAUGCAGGAUAUGUAUCUGGUAAGUACCAGAUAUGUGCCAGGUUAGAACAAGGAUGUGUCAAAUGUCGUUAAUGAAUUCUGUUAUAGUUGAAUAAUAAUCAGACUUGAUGAAUCAUUGAAACUGUUUGUGAAGAAAGUUUUAUGUUUGUGAGAGUUUGCAUGGUCCUUUGUGGUCCUGGCAAAGAAAGCAGAAAGCUGCACACAGUCAGAAAUCUGUGAUGUCUUCAGUCUUUUAGCUCUAGAGUUCUGCAGGUCUUGCUGGUAAUGCAGAGAUGGGAGGGGUCCAAUUCAGGGUAAUUUAAACUGUGUUUCCAAAUAAACUUUUUUUACUUAAA